AUGGGUGUACCUCAGCAGACCAAGUCUGGACGGACGAGGCCGUUCGAGAUCUUGGCUUUGGGCCUGUCUCGCUCUGGCACAGACAGUCUUUGCAAAGCACUGGAGAUAUUGGGGUACCCAUGUUAUCACGGCUGGCGCACUCUCGAUGAGCCGGAGCAGAGCGUCUUGUGGGCUCAAGCGAUUGAGGGGAAGUACGAAAACAGGGGCCGACAAUGGGAAGGCGAGGAAGACUUUGACCGGAUUCUUGGUCCCUACACUGUUGGUUCCCCCGAGCGCCGAGAGUAGUCUAUGGCGAUUGGAAGCUGAUAGUGUUCUGUUCUCAUAGGCUUGCACGGAUCUGCCAUGCGCAAUGUUCACGACCGAGCUCAUUGAUGCGUACCCCGAUGCAAAGGUCAUUCUGAAUCUGCGGCCGCGAGAGGAAUGGCAUCGAUCGAUUGUCAAAUCUGUCGAUGCCAAGAUGAAAAGCUGGACUGGAUGGCUGAUGUGCAAAUUUGACAUGGAGACGAGGUGGGAGCGCCCCGAAUCUUGAGCGUCUCGGUCCCUACGUACUAUGCGACUAACUUCUCACAGCAACAUCAACCGCUGCUGGUCGAAAGCAAAUGGCCAUUAUUUCCGCUGGGAUCUCGCCCGCAACGGCAGACAGGUCUACGAUGAGCAUGCGGCAUUGGUCAGAGGAGCAGCUCGAAACUCCCAAUUUCUAGAGUACGAUCCUCACCAAGGCUGGGAGCCACUGUGUGCUUUCUUGAACAAGCCAGUCCCCGAAACUCCCUUUCCGUCGGGAAAUGUCGCAGAGGAGUUCCACUCGAGGAUCGAGAACAGCAUGAAGAGCCGUUUCAUCCGUGCCAUGCGCAACUUUGGAGGAGCUUGUCUUGUCGCGGCAGGAGGUGCUGUUUGUGGAUACAUGGCGUGGUCGUCCACACUAGAUUACAGCGGUCCCCUAUAA